UUUUUGGCACGUGAAAAAUGAACUAUUUCCCCCCAAAAAACUCAAUUUCGGUUCUUUUUUUUUCUUUUUUCUUUUUCAACUCAACAAAAAAAAAUAUAUAUAUAAUUACAAUGACACAAGCAAUGUCAAUUACUCAACUAUGUAAUGUUGAGGAAGAGAAAGACGAAAUACAACAAGAAGAACAUUUUAUUCGUCGUUUACCGCUUGUUCAUAGCGCAUUAAAGGCCUAUGAGAAUUCUAGCUCUGUUGUUAAAUAUGGUGCAGAAAUGAUUGAAUCAUACGCCGGACCCAUUUACGAUAAAUUGGGCUAUGAUCGCAAAUUAAAAGAGUCGUCACCUGAAGAUGAAGAUACAGUGGCUGCCACUUCAGCUCUUGCACGUGCAUCACUCCAUGACACUGAACCUAUCGUCCGCCGAAAUGUCAGAUCUAAACCUGCUUCAAGAAGUACUUCACCUCAUCGUCCAUACACUCUCUCGAGACCCAUUCAAAAGAGUCGUUGGCAACAAAUCGUACUUCAUGCAGGAUCAGCCGCAGGUACCACUGCUGCUGUCAUUAGUGAAGAAAGUAUGAAAUGUUUACGUUAUUGUAUUAGUUGGUUACAAUACGCUAUGCAACACAUUGAUGGUCAAAUGAAUUUAUUAAGAAGUUUUCUCGUUUCUUUGGCGACUGGUUCGUCCAAAUCAAAUGCUCUUGUCAACAAUGAAAGUACAUUGGCAUCCAUCAAGAAGGAAAUCGUUGAUACUCUACGUAAAGUAGUUGAAGUCGUUAGCAAAUAUGCAGGUUCUGGUUUGCCUGAACAGGCCAAAGCAUCUGUCCGUGCCUUUAUUUUGCAAUUACCAAGUACCUGGGCUCAACUUCACAACAAAACUCAGGCUGAACAAGAUGCUCAACCUCUUCAUGAAACAUCCAUUAAAUUAUUGGACUUUGGCGGUGAAUCACUCGUCAUGCUUAAAUCUGUCUCUAUCGUAUUUUCUGAUACCAUCGAAAGAGCUGAACUCUGGCUAAAGCGAUUGAAGGUCGUUGGCGUUAACCCCACUACCGCUUCCAUGGAGACAAAUUAAGAUAUCCCUAUCCACACUCCUAUUUUUUUUUUUAUUAUUUAUAUACAUUUUUAUACAUACAUAUUCAUUCGCCCCCAUCUAGAUUUCCUUUUUUUUAAACGUGUG